GAAGAAAAAGCAUAACAUGUGCUCUCUUUUCCUCUUCUCUUUGCAACUUGACCAUAAAUGUUUUGGUAAAUUUGCUCUUGUUAAUUAACUUGUUCUUAAUUGUUUCUCUUGUUAUUAAUUGAUUUUCUAUUAAUUUACAGUUAAAGGUAAAAUAUUAUGCGUCGAUCAUUAGCUCAUCUUCGCCUAUUAAAUAGGUUUGUCUCACCAUCGGUAUCUCAUCAACAUUAUGCUACUAAAAUUAUUUUAAGUCGACUGGUUCCUUCAUCUCAUUCACCAUGUUUUGGAAUUCAGUUAGACUUAAUCAUGGGAUUGUCUCUUUAUCAUCAGCACCAGCAUCUUCUGAUUCGAAAAGUCCAGUCUUGAUGGAAUCAUCAAAUGAUGAAUUUGCUAAAAGAGAUAAAGAGAUCAAGGAAACUGCUUAUUAUGAAGAGGAAAUAACUGUUGAAGGGAUUGAUGCACCAGCUCCGUUUUUACAAUUCAACGAUUACGAAUGGCCAAGUAAGAUUAAGGCUUAUAUCGAUAGGAAAGGCUUCGUUCAUCCAACUGGUAUUCAAGGACAAGCUUUACCGGUAGCGUUAGAAGGUAAAGAUCUUGUUGGAAUUGCGAGAACUGGAUCGGGUAAAACAAUAGCUUUCCUUUUACCAGCUAUUGUUCAUAUAUUAAAUUCAAAUUCCGGAGGAAAUUAUAUUGGACCUCGUGUAUUGGUUUUAGCUCCUACUCGUGAAUUGGCCCAACAAACGGCUGCAGUUUGUUCUGAAAUUGGUUACAAUUCAGUCUGUCUUUUUGGCGGUUCCUCUCGACUGGUACAACAAAAAGCCAUCUCACACAGUAAUCCUUUGAUUAUCGUUGGUACUCCUGGACGAAUAAUUGAUUUCAUCGAAUCAAAAUGGUUGGAUCCUUCAGAUGUUUCAUAUCUUGUUUUAGAUGAAGCCGAUCGAAUGUUAGACCUUGGCUUUGAACCACAAGUUCGACGGAUUAUUAGCAGUUUACCUCAAGAUAGACAAACUCUCAUGUGGUCAGCAACUUGGCCACAAGAAAUUCAAGAACUUGCUUCAGAAUUUCUUAGAGAUUAUGUUAUGAUAACCGCUGGUUCAAAAGAUUUACGUGCUAAUCCAAAUAUUGUACAAGAAGUUGUUUUCUGUGAAAAUUAUGACAAAUCGAAUCGAUUACUUGGACUGGUUGAAAAUAUUAUCAAUGAAUAUGGACAAAAAGCGAAAAUUCUAAUUUUUUGCCAAACCAAACGACGUGUUGACAUUUUCGCCAAUCUAUUAAACUCUAAACGUUUCUAUGCUCUCGGAAUUCAUGGUGACAAAUCACAGGCCGCUCGUGAAGGUAUUCUUCAAAGUUUCCGACGAGGACAACGUCAAAUUCUGGUUGCCACUGAUGUCGCCUCAAGAGGAUUAGAUGUCGAUGAUAUAACCCAUGUAAUUAACGUUGACAUGCCCAAUGUCGUAGAAGAUUAUGUCCAUCGGGUGGGUCGAACUGCUCGACAAGGAAAGAAAGGUUUCUCUUACACUUUCUUCACCUCUGAAGAUGGUUUAUUAGCCAGCGAUAUGGUGAAAGUCUUGAAACAAGCCGAUGUUCAUAUUGACGAUAGAAUAUUAGAAUUGGCCAAUUCAACUAAAAAUUAUAUUCGAAAUGUUAGAAAGCGAGGAGUAGCACCAAAUAGACGAGACGAUUAUGAUAAUUAUAAUGAUAACAGAAACCGGAAUCGUGGUCCCUCCCGAAAUCGUUGGUGAGAUCAAUGAAAACGACCAUUUUGUAACUACAAAGAAAAAGAUGGAAUCAACAAUUAGUCAUCUCAAUCAUUCUAGUAAUCAACUGUUCUUGUGACUUUUUGCAUACUUACUUUAAAUUGUAUUGCAAGGAAUCAAUUUAGUUACUCUUUUUAGAGAUAAUUACAGUUUGUAAGACUAUAUUUUCAAACCGAUUGUAAAUAAACUCUACAUUAAACACAAGAAUCGAAAA